AUGUCCGAACAAAAGACACCACCUGACGCCGCUGACAAGUCUGAAAAGCGGCCAUCAGAGCGCGAGGCCAGGGAAAAGGCGUGCACGGGCCCAAAAUCCUUCAUGCAGAUGAGGUCGACUGAGCGUAUUCUCUUCUACUUGAAGGAACAAGGACAAGAGGUCUUCGGACUGAAGAUUUACCGCCUCACCUAUGAAGAUGAUGCAGCCUGGCAGAAGUUCAUGGAUCUACUCAACUCGGAGACCCGCAACAACCUCACACGAGAAAGCGCACUUCCAGAAGGCAAAGAGCUCUUAUCAAUGCUUGACUGGGCGGUGGAAGACAACAAAGAAGUGUGGAAUGGCGCCAGCUUCGAGCAAGUAUUUCGGCAUUUCCAGUACACUCCCGAGACAGCCGGAGUCAUUCAGCGGCGUGCUGCGUGCAUCGCCGUCGAUGCUGAGGCUUUGCAGUCUAUCAUAGACGACAAGAAACGCGCUCAUGCUCUCGAACUACGCAAGGAUGCUCCAUUUGUCAAGGUCCUUGACACCAGGAUCAGGCUGCCCAUGGGAGCCUAUCGCAAUCGUCAAGAGGAGCUGGACCAGAUGGAAAAGAUGGGAGACGAUGCAAUUCCAAAGAAGAUACGAUACAUGAAGGUAGAUCCUUCCAUGUUGCUGCCAGAAUUCUAUGAUAGGCUGCAUUACGGCUUCGACGAAGCCUAUCACCAAGGACCACGCCCUCCGUACAUUUCUCAUUUCUGA